AUGGAUGUUACAUAGCCAUGCAAACGGGUAUCGUGUUUUCGCAAGGAACGUCAGCAAAACUAAUAUCCAUGGUUGAUACAGAACUAUAGAUACCCAACCUGAUCUUGAACUGUCCGUUCAACUUCAAACAAUUCCUGUAGACGCAAUAUGACGGAAGCUUGGAAUCUCCGAACUAAGACAGCGCGACCCAGCCUCGUUGGAGCUCCUCCUCGUUCCAGCACAGGAGAUGCCAAGAAGAGUACACAGCACUGGUUGCUUCGAAGAACUCAAUCAUGACGGACCCAGUACAAGCUCGGGGCUCGGACGCUUACGUCGGAAAUAUCGACUUCGGGUUUUAUGGGCAAGAACACACUGCUCGGCGCUUGUUCUGUUAUAAAACUGUAGUCCGUCAACAUAAUGUAUGAACAUCUACAGACCACUCUUCCAAGCUACCUUGAACUCUCAGAGCAAGUUCCAACCCUUUGCUUCGACACACUCUCAAAAGCAUGGACUCCAUUCAAGCUCCCCAGCCACUCUAUCUCUCGACCGGAGAUUAUGGUCAUGCACCUGCUAACUCUUUCACGUCGGGCGAUACGUACGCCAUGCUUUCAACGGCCGACCACGAAGACGACGCUCUCUCAUUAUCAGAAAGACAUACACCGGAAUCCAGAAACAUCGAGCCCAGUCGCACUCCCAGUCCAACUCCCAGCGAGACUCAGGAGUUGAACGAGCCUUUUGGAGGAGUGAAUUGGAAACGGUUCAAACAUCCCGGUAAACGAGAGUGGAUCGAAAUUGUAGUCUUCAUUAUAUCUAUUGCCUUGAGCGUCCUAAUGAUAGUAUACAAUGGUCCGAUCCUUGAGGCCCUGCUUCCUGCUGCACUAUGGGUUAAAGACGCUACGGCUGGCUGGCUCAUUCCAAUAGGUAUCAUGAUCCUCCAAUCAUUCCCACCUCUGUUUGGACAGGAGAUUAUCCACACGCUUUGCGGCUUCACGUACGGAGCAUGGGUUGGUUUCGGCAUCGUCGCUGCCGGGACCAUUAUAGGAGAGUCGCUGAUCACCGUCAAGUACCUUUGCAAAAGUUAUGGAGAAAAGAUUCAGAAGAAGAGCAUCACCAUAGCGGCAUUUUGCAACGUCGUACAGCAGGGCGGCUUCAAAAUCAUCCUGCUCACCCGCUUUAGUGUCAUCCCUCCUCAUUUAUCGACGGCUGUCUUUGCCUUUUGCCGAGUAUCGUAUUUCCAGUUCUUGCUGGCUGCCGUGCUGGCUAUGCCCAAGCAGUUUUCUGGUGUGUACCUUGGCUAUGCCAUGCUUGAGACCGCUGAGCACAAGGACAGCGCCAAGACAGAUAGCAUCAUAACUUAUGUUUCCUUGGCUGUAACAAUUAUCGUGACAAUCCCUACAAUGCGCUACCUGAGCAAGGCAGUCGGGGCAGAGAAGGAGAAGGUUGUUUAUGCACGUCGCAAGGAAAGACAAGCGAUCGCCCUUCCAAAAGAUUAUUCCAGCGAAUACUAUAGUGGCUCAAGAGAGAGCAUGGAGCGCAUUUUGCCGCCAAAUGCGAAUGCAUCCCACAUCGUUUAAGACGUCCCACGCAUAUAGAGGCGGACUGUGGGCAACCUGGUGUCAACUUAGCUAGGCUUUCACUGUUUAUACUCUCCUGAUGAUUGCCUAGCAUGUUGUUUGACCUACUAGUAUUAGAAAGUGUAUCGUCAUGAUGAUGUGAUGCUUACUCGACGGUAACUUCACGACC